AUGUCCGAUUUGGAAUUGAAAUGUGUCAACACGAUCCGUGCCGUGAGCGCGGAUCAACCCCAGGCGGCCAAUUCGGGCCACCCAGGUGCUCCCAUGGGCUGUGCUCCCAUGGCGUUUUUGCUUUGGACUGAAUUCAUGAACUAUUCGUCCAAGGAUGCCAAGUGGAUUGCCCGUGAUCGCUUUGUCUUGAGUAACGGUCAUGCGUGUGCCUUGCAGUAUACCAUGUUGCAUUUGACGGGGUACAAGAUCGGAGUCGAGGAUCUCAAGAAGUUUCGUCAGCUUGGAAGCAUCACGCCUGGACAUCCCGAGAGUUUCUUGACUGAUGGCGUGGAGGUCUGCACUGGACCCCUCGGACAAGGAAUUUGCAAUGCUGUCGGAAUGGCCAUUGCCGAACGCCACUUGGCUGCCACGUUCAACACCGAUGAUCACAAAAUCUUUGACAACUUCACCUACGUCAUUUGCGGAGAUGGAUGUCUCCAGGAAGGAGUCAGUGGAGAGGCCUGUAGUUUGGCUGGGCACCUUGGAUUGGGAAAGAUGAUUGUCCUCUACGACGACAAUGAUAUCACCAUUGAUGGACCCACAUCUCAUAGUUUCUCGGAAGAUGUCAACAAGCGCUACGAGGCAUAUGGAUGGCAUGUCCAGACCGUCGACGACGUCUCCAAGGACCUAGGUGAUCUCCGUGCUGCCAUCAAGGCUGCACAAGCGGAAACCAAUAAACCCUCCAUCAUCAAAAUCAAAACGGCCAUUGGAUAUGGAAGUCCUUCCAAACAGGGCUCGGAAAAAGCUCAUGGAGCGCCUCUUGGAGCCGAAGAUUUGGCUGGGGCCAAGAAGUUCUUUGGUCUCCCAGAAGACAAGUCAUUCUUCGUUCCUGAAGAUGUCCAAAAGUUUUUCACUAAAGCAGCGGAAAAAGCGGACAAGAAACGUGUCGAGUGGGAUGCUAAUUUUGCCAAAUACACAGCGGCCAACCCAGAAAAGGCCGCUGAGCUCUCCCGUCGCAUCGCCCACAAGAUGCCGGAUGGAGUCUUUGACAAACUUCCAUCCUUUACGAUUGGCAAAGACAAGGAUUUGGCAUCCAGAAAGCACAGUGAAAAUUGUUUGAAUGCCAUGUGCCCACUGCUCCCGGAAAUGGUUGGUGGAUCUGCGGAUUUGACACCUUCCAAUAAUACCCGCUUCAAAGGUGCCAGUGAUUUCCAAAAGGCAACCCCAGAAGGUCGCUAUCUGCGCUUUGGUGUGCGUGAACACGGCAUGGCGGCGGUCUGCAAUGGAAUCUUUGCCUAUGGAGCCUUGCGUCCAUUCUGUGCCACUUUCUUGACCUUUGUGGGAUACUGUGUCGGUGCCAUUCGUUUGUCGGCUCUGUCCAAAUCAGGAGUCAUCUACAUCAUGACUCAUGAUUCCAUUGGUCUUGGCGAGGAUGGGCCGACUCAUCAGCCCAUUGAAACGAUGGAAAGUUUGCGCUGCAUGCCCAACAUUAUGGUCUUUCGCCCAGCCGAUUCCAAUGAAAUGGCAGCGGCCUACAAGGUUGCCUUGUCCAAGUCGACUACGCCUUCUGUCAUUUGCGCGUCACGUCAAACGCUAAAAUCCUUGAAAUUAUCAACCAUCGAGAAGGCUUCAACGGGUGCCUACGUUGCCGUGGAAGCAAAGGAUCCCAAGUUGGUGCUGGUUGCCACUGGCUCUGAAGUUGGUAUCUGCGUGGAAGCAGCGGCCAAGCUCACUGCCGAUGGUGUGCCCACCCAGGUUGUUACAAUGCCCUGCCAAGAACUUUUCUUGGAACAGACCCAAGAAUACCAAAAGUCGGUGCUUCCUGGUAAUGUGCCCACCCUCUCUGUCGAAGCCGCUUCCCCUUCUGGUUGGCACCGUUUCAGCCACGCUCAGAUUGCCAUGAAUUCGUUUGGAGCGAGUGGCCCAGGUGGCGAGGUCAUGGCCCAUUUCGGGUUCACGACGGAUAACGUGGUCGAGAAGGGAAAGGCUUUGACUGACUUUUACAAGGAUGGGACUGUUCCCGACCUCAGCAACCGUCCUGUUUUCGAGACUGUUGGUGGUCAUUAA